AUGCUUCCUGCUUCUGACUACCUGCCUUUCCCUCACCGUCACUGUCUUCCCUACCAGAUCAGGUUUUCCCAGACGCGAGUCGAGUCAUUCAUCUUCUUCAUCAGGCUUCCUUCUCGCAGUCGAAGCGGUAGCGGUACUGGAACGAGUUCCCUAUUCGAUAUGGUUUCAUUCCACCAGUCCCCUAACAUAGAUAGCACAGGGUCGGCUUCACUUCGGAACCUUUUCUUGCUUUCCUUCCGUGGGCAUGAAAUGAACCCUGAGGUUACUCUGUCCCUGGCAUCCCUUUCUGCCCCCCAACUUUAUUCACUUCGCGGUAAACGGAGACUUUCCAAUAGCCAGCAGGUCAAAGCCUUUUUUGGGGUCCAAGGGUGCCGCCCCCUACUACCCAAUUCCUGUCUUCGGAACUACGGGGAUAGGUGA